GCAGAGAGGACCAGCCAUUCGCAGACAGUGCAUCAGACUGACGUGAAGAUCAAGCAUCGUCAGGAAAACUUAUUGCUGCAGAUGGAACCAGUUAAUCAAAUGCACAGUGAAGAGAGCAACUCUACUAACUGUCCCUCCAUCGAUGACUUCCGUAAUCAGGUUUACUCCACAUCCUACUCCCUCAUCACGGUGUUAGGCCUGGUCGGAAAUGGCUUUGCCUUGUUGGUGCUGCUACGAACGUAUCGCCCGAGUUCUCCGUUCCAAGUCUACAUGCUGAAUCUGGUUGUGUCCGACCUGCUGUGUGUCAGCACUCUGCCAAUGCGGGUCGUCUAUUACGUCAACAAGGGACAGUGGAACCAGGGCGAUUUCCUGUGUCGCAUCACCUCCUGUGCCCUCUACGUCAAUCUGUACUGCAGCAUUUACUUCAUGGCGGCCAUGUCUGUGACACGUUUCGUGGCCAUUGUCUUCCCUGUGCAGAACCGACUGUUGGUGACAGUGAAACAUGCACAACUCGUGUGUGUGGGCAUUUGGAUUUUUAUCUGUUUAGCAUCAUCACCCUUCCUGAUGUUUGGCCAGAAAUUUGACCCCGUCUCCAAUAAAACAAAGUGCUUUGAACCUCCGAUAGGUCAGGAUGUGUCAAAAGUAGUCAUGCUGAAUAAUUUGUCUUUGGUCCUGGGUUUUACCGUCCCCUUCCUCAUCAUACUGAUCUGUUAUGCUGGUAUUAUCCAUACCCUACUGUACCGCACCCCUGGUACUAGACGUCAGCAAGACACAGGCUCAAAAGCCAUUCGAAUGAUCAUCAUUGUCCUACUGACCUUCUUAGUUUGCUUCAUGCCGUACCAUGUGCAACGCUCCGUUCACAUACACUCCUUGUACCGGACUGACACUUCCUGUUCUGAAAGAGUGAUUAUGCAAAAGUCAGUUGUAGUGACGUUGUGUCUCGCCGCAGCCAAUUCAUGCUUUGACCCUUUGCUUUACAUUUUUUCUGGGGAGGGUUUUCUCAAACGUCUUUCCUCCAUGCGCCUGUCACGAUCAGCUAGCACCUAUAACCGUUCCGUUAGGUUAAAUGUUGCCAGUAACCUGACUGGCGUCAACAGACAGCUCAAUGGCACUUCAUUUGUACUUAACAGGAAUGCUGUUCAAUAA